AUGCAGGUCCACGCUGCCCGUCCGACCUCCAACUUUUUCUCAUAUUUCAACUUACAUUCACAACCUCUCAACUAUCACCAACGACAAGAAGCUUACCUCCAAUCUCGCCCACGAACUGUCUCCAUUGACAAUGCGAUCCUUCGCAAGCAUAUAGUUCACUCGCACGUUCCUUCAUCCAAGAUGUCAGUCCCUAACAACACCAAGAACAACACUAUCGCAGUCAAACCUCGUCCGCUCGUUGAGCAAGACUUCGAGGUCAUCGGUCUUUCAGACGAUUCUGAUCCUGGAAAAUCUGCUGUCCGACCUCCUCCAGGAGCCGCCAGGCGAGCGAGCAGCAGUGCUGCUCUCAACCCGAUAAGCAUCCGUUCGCGAUCCAUCUCAAAUGGUACCACUAUCCUUCCAACAACCGCAGGUAGAGAUCUGGUCAAUGCGAAGACUCGACCUUCCGUGCCAGCAACUCAAUCUUCGCCUACAAUCGUCGAUAACCACCUUGCACCACCUGCCCGAUCAUCUAGGCGAAAGAAGUCGACUCCGACCCAAGUUCACCCAUCAUCUCGACACUCCAGCCCUGGUCCACCAAGUCCCCGAUCUGUAUCCCUGAAUAUCUCGAGUAAUGGCGCUGUUGCCACAACUAGCUCCUCAGGGGCAGGAAAGGGGCUCAGCUUACCCACCCUUGCCCCAAAAUACGGACCGACAGGGCGGAGAUCAUCAUGGCAACCAGGGAGGAAGAGCAAGACCGUCGAGGAAAUAGAAAAAGAAUGCGAUGAUGACGACGACGACGAAAUUGACGAACAGGUGGCUUUGUGGAAUAUUCCUUUGUCUCCUAGGGCCGGGAAGUCGUUGCCAUCAGGAGGAUCGAAGAGCCCAUCGCCGGAUAGGUCGUCCGAUGCUUCGAAUUCGAGGCGUAAUAGCAUUACCAAGGGAGAUUUAAAGGUGGAGAGAGCAGAGACACCUACACCAGCUCAGUCGACAGUCUCCUUGCCAUCACUUGCAAGGUCGGAUUCCGGUGAUUCAGAGCCGAGAGGGCGGAUGCGAAACCGGAUGAAGUCUUGGGGUGAUGUGAUGUACGAACUUGGGAACGAUGCAAAGGAGCUAACGGAAGCCCUUGAAAGAUAUGCUGAUGAGGCUAUGGAAGCUAAGGAGAAGGAGUUACAGAAGCAGGUGAAGGCAGCAAGGACUACCUCCACCACCCCGCCGAGGAGGGAGUCGAGAAUCGCUUUGCCGCCUAAGCAAGUUUCCGAAGGUAUCAUGGGGGCCCUUCCUAUGAGCAAAGAAAAAGAAGCUGCACUUAGCAGGACCCGCCCUGGUUGGCUACCACCAAAGUCAAAAAUUGAGGAGGAGAAGCACUUGAAAGAGUAUCAGGAAAUGAUGCGGCUAUCUAUUGAGUCAGAGCGCAAGCGAGCUGAAAAGGAGAGGCAAGAGAUUGCCACUCGCGAAAUAGCGAGGGAGGCAGUGUUUAGGGCCUGGGAUGACAGAAUUGUUCCCAACUGGAACCAAGCCAUUCUCGAACAGAACACUCGAGAGCUAUGGUGGGCAGGUGUAUCCCCCAAAUCUCGAGGAACUGUCUGGCAGCGUGCAAUUGGAAACGCCUUGGCUGUCACCGAAGAGACCUACAACAUUGCCCUUGAUAGGGCGAAAAAGCUUCAAGUUGAGCUCAACGCUCAAGAAGACCGACACCCAUUAAAAGAUCAGUUCGCGGAUAUCAAGAAGGACGCCGAGAACGCGUUUCCAGAGUUGAGGCUAUUCCAAAGCGAUGGUCCCUUGCAUCAGAGUUUGGUUGAUGUCUUGAUGGCGUACAGUGUAUACCGCAAGGAUAUCGGUUAUUGCUUUGGCCUGCAUGUUCUCGCCGCCAACUUGUUGCUCAAUCUCUCCGCACAUGACGCUUUCCAGACUCUGGCCAAUCUCCUUAAUAGGCAGUUGCCGUUGUCUUUCUACACCCAGGAUGAGCCACAGAUUACCAAUAUUUAUGCUGCCUUCCUCAGAGCUUUCCAGUACAAACUUCCCAACCUCUACCAGCACAUCCACGUCAAGCUUCAACUCCCUCCACCUCUCUACCUUGAAGCUAUGUUCACCACUCUUUUCACAUUACAUGUCCCAAUCGAUAUAGUAUCUCGACUUUGGGACGUCUACGCCUUUGAAGGUGACGCGUUCCUCAUCCGAUCUGCAGUUGCAGUUCUCGGAGUUCUCGAAAGCAAGCUGUACGGGUCUAAGGAAGAAAUCAUCGCACUCCUUGGCUGGGAAGGCAAGGGGUGUUCUAACAGGAGCGACUGGAGGCUCGGAAAAGAAGACGAGUUUAUGGCAAAGGUUAGAAGCGCCGGAAAGGUCGAAAACGAACAGUAA